GCAUGGGGUGGGAGCCUGCUCCUAUCCCCCUCCCACUCCCCAAACCCUCACCACUCUCCCCACAGGCUGCCGGACCAGGGGGGCAGGAGUCAAGGGGCCAGGGGCAGAAAAGGGGGGGCUGAGACCUCCAAGGGGGGCAGGAACAGGGGGGGCAGGAGGCCUCAUGGUUGUGGAUAUUGGGGGGCAGGCUCCCCACAAGGCUCCUGGGGUCCCAGGUCCCCCCCACAGCACCGCCCCACCUCCCUGUCCCAGCAUCUCCUGGCCGAAGGGCAGGCCUGGCCCCGGUCCCCCAGGUCCAGGAGGAGACGAGGGGCACCCCCUGUCCCACCCAGGUCUGUCCCCGACUUCCCAGCCCUACAUAGGAACAUUCAGGAGCAACUGGAGCAGAGGAAGGCGAGAGCCAAGCUGACUGUCUGCAAACCCUUCCAACUCCACCUGCCCAGCAGGCGCCAGAGCCACCUGGGGGCCAAGCUGGGGACCCCGAGGGAGCAGCUCCAGGCCCAAUCCUGCCCCCCUAUGUUCUCCCUGUUGCACCCUGUGAUUCCUACCCAGGCUUCAAUCAAGCGGCUGGAGGCCACCAGACAGCGGCUGCGGAGCUGGGCCGAGGGGGCAUGGCGGGAGCGCCAAGGAACAGAACAGCGCCAGGCACGGGCAUGGCGGGUGCAGCAGGAUGUGGCUCGGUGUCUGGCCACCCAUGACCCCCCAGGGAGCCUGGCCCAGGCCCUGCAGAGGAAGAAGGCAGAGCUCAGGUCUCAGGAGCGGGCACGCAUGGCGCUGUACAAGGCCCAGCUGCAGGAGAUAGAGGCUCGCGUGAGCAGCCGGCCCUACCUCUUUGAGAGGGUCAUGCAGGCCAGUGCCCGCCAGGCCAUGGAGCACCACUUCUCCCACGUGCUGGAGGCACUGGGCAUCGAGGAGGCCGGGCUGUGGAGGCAGGUGGGGCACCAGGGCCCCCCCUCAGCAGGUGUGAACAGGAGCUCCCUGCCCGGACGCCUGGGUUCCCCCCCGCUGUAGGAGGGGAGCAGGGUCUGGUGAAUUUAGAGGGGACCCCGGACACCUGGGUUCUCUCCCUUGCCAUGGCAGGCAGUAUUUCAGGGGCUGUGUCCUCCUGACAGGUCUCCGUGGACGAGGCCCGAGACCCACCUCUGGAUCCACCUGAGAAGGCCCCGGCAUAGCCUCUGCCCUGAAUUAAACAGGCUUUGGGAGCCGGGACAGCUGGGUUCUCUCCCUGCUUGGGGAGGAGUCAGGGCUGGCAGGGGCUGGAAGCCGGGACAGCUGGGUUCUCGAGCUAGUGGAUGGAAGCAGAGUCUGGGGGCUGGAAGCAGGAGCGGGUUCUCUUGCACCCGGGGAAGGGCCAUCAGAUUUGGGGGUUGCU